AUGGCGAUUCCCUCGCAGAUUGCUGCAUUCGCCGCCGUCUAUUGCUUUCUCGCCGCCAUUUUCUUCUUCGGAUGCUCAAAUGCGAGAGACCUGCGUCCAUCGGAGCACGGUUUGGAGUACCAAAACCCUGGCGCUACUGGAAACUCUUCAUCGAAUAUGCAAUCGUUCUUCCAAGGAAACUCCUGGUCCUCCUCCGAGGUCGAGCUUCCGAAGGCGGUGAACACGAGCCUGCCGUCGCAGUGGUGGAAUCGCAGCCACGCUAACCGCUCUGGAGCAGGCGGAGAUCACAUUCGCGGCGCGUUGAUUGUUGUGAGUUUGGUAUGUGGAAUUAUAGGCUUUUCUUUACUGAUUGCUUCUGCUUUUAUUUACUUCUUCAAGUUCAAGAAGCAGAAUAGUAGAUCGCCGUCCUCGCUCUCUGCCUCUGAAACUGCUAGCAUUAUUGUUAGCAAGUGA